AAAGAAGAUGCAUUGAAUGAUGAUAAAUAAUUCAAUAAAAUUCAGGAAGAAACAAACAUGAAAAGAGAGCUUAUAAGCUACAACACAAUCAGGUGAAAUUCGCAUUGAUUUAGCAACCCUUCUCUCUCACCAUGAAAAACAGCUUAAAAUCCCACGACAAAAACAUGGGAGCUUCGAUCAUAGCUAUAUUCUUCUUCUUCGCCGCCGCCGUCGUCCACGUGUACGCCUCCGAGAGGCCCGAUGAUAUCUACCGCAAGAGCCUUCACCUGCACCAAAUGCAGGGUAUCAGAGCCGCAUUUCCCAAACGCCACUCUUCGUCUAUGGAGAUGCGUACUAGUCUUCAAGGAGCGGCGCCUCCGCCACCUUCGGGGCCAAUUGUAUAUCACGUGACAAGUUACGGGGCGGAUCCAACGGGCCAGAACGACAGCACGGGCGCUGUGCUCAAGGCGAUCACAGACGCCCUCAACGGCCCUGGGAAAGGGGUCUUGUUUGAGGGCAUCGUCAAUCUUGGAGGAGCUCGUGUUGAUCUCGAUGGUGGAAAUUAUUUGAUUAGUCGCCCCCUCUUGUUUCCGGUAUCGGGCAGAGGGAACUUUGCUAUUCAAGGGGGCUCGCUUACAGCAUCAAACGACUUCCCAGCCGACGGCUUUUUGAUAGACCUAUCAUCUUCCUCAAACUCCGCAUACAACUACGAAUUCACAACCCUAAGAGACCUCUAUCUCGACUCCAACUACCGAGGCGGCGGAAUCCGAGUGAAAAACUCCCUCCGCACCACCAUCGACAACUGCUACAUCACUCACUUCUCCACCACCGGAAUCCUCGCCGAAGGCGGCCAUGAGACCAUCAUCCGCACCUCCUACCUCGGCCAGCACAUCACCGCCGGCGCCGAUCCCGGCGAGCGAUCCUUCUCCGGCACCGCCAUCGCUCUCGCCGGAAACGACAACGUCGUCUCCGACAUCGUCAUCUUCUCCGCGCAGACCGGAAUUCUCCUCUCCGGCCAGGCGAAUUUGAUCUCCGGCGUCCACUGCUACAACAAGGCCAACGGAUUCGGCGGCGUCGGGAUCUACGUCCAGCUCCCCGGCCUCGCGCAGACGCGGAUUGUCGAUUCGUACCUGGAUUACACCGGCAUCGUCGCGGAGGAUCCGGUGCAGCUCACCGUCGCGAACACCUUAUUCCUCGGCGACGCGUUUAUUCUGUUCAAAUCGGUGAAAGGAGUGAUGAGCGGCGUCACCGUCGUCGACAACAUGUUCGCAGGCAGCGAUAAGGGGAUCGAGAUCGUGCAGAUGGAGGGGAAAUUCGAUCGAUUGGAUCAGAUCGCGAUCGAGCGGAACACCGUCAAAGGAAUGGCGGUGAAGACGACGGUGGCGAGAGCGAGCGUGGACGGCGGGGGCCCGACGUGGACAGCGGAUCUGAAGGCGUCGCUACUUUUCCCCAAUUUGAUCAAACAGGUGCAGUACACGUUUGUCACCGAGGCGGCGUCGUAUCCGAGUCAUUUUCUGCGGAAUAUUUCCGAUAACAAGGUUGUGAUUCAGGCCGACGCGGCGGUGCCGGCGAGGGUUUACAUCACGGCGGAUCAAGGCGGAUCGUAUUUGUGAAUUGAGUGAGUUUUUUUUUCGUUUUUUAAGCCUUUUCCUAAUUGGUUGGGCUUCGAUUUUGAAACGAGGGAGAAUGCAUGUUUCUUUGCAAUCCUAAUUUCGAUCGGGAAAUAAUGGUUUUAUAAUUGUAUAAUGAUUGUCUGGGCGGAAGAUUUAAAUAGAAUCUAGGUGGUCAAUUAUAUGAAUAUAAUAUAAAUAUUGUGGAGUGUCAUGUUUCACAACGAACAUCUUCACGAAUCAGAAGUAAAAUUUUUAACUACUGAAAUGGUAA